AUGGAGCAGGGCGAUGAGUGGCAGGCUGUGCGCCAGUCUCCCACAGAUAAUGAGACUCUGACGUCAGUGUCGAAUGCAGCCGUGUCUUCUGGAAACGUUGAAGUUCACCAGCCAGCAGCCACUCAACAUUUAACAGAGAUGUUGAGGCCUCCUAUGGUAGUUACUGAGGAAUUCAGGCACAGUGAAGGUGAAGGGGAGUCACAGAUCCUUUUGUCACCCCCUGAGCAUGGUGUGAUGUACCCCGCCCAGCUGACCCCUACGCCUUCCCAGAUUUAUUGUCAGACACCAAUUGGGCAGGGGUCCCACACGGUGCCCAUAGGAAGUCUGGGUCCUCUGGGAGUGGCCAUAUCCUUCAGUGAGAAUCUGAUGCCGUACGGUGGCCUUGCAGGCUCAGCUUCCUGUGGUGUCUCAGUGAUGGCCCACAGCAGUGUCCAGACAGUGCCUUAUUCUGUCCCCGCAGCAGUGCCUGCCACCACGGGCUCUUUAAAACAUGGAAUAUUGUUGGUCCCAAGCAUGCCUUCUACCGCGACCCACGCCGUGGGUCACGUGGUGCGCUCCUUAAAUCCCUGCGACCUUGGGCUGCCCCCAGCUAGGCAGCAGCCAUUGCUAUCUUUAGAAUCCCAGGACUCACUUGGGACCCCGUCAAAUUUCCAAGAAGAGCCUGUCAUAUAUGAGCAGCCCACACCUGCUUCACAGGAGAGAGAAGCCCCCAGUACUUCAGGAAUAGCAGCCUGGAGACGGUCCUCCGUUUCAAGGCCUCAUGUCUGCUCGUUCAACUGUGGAAAAUCUUAUACCAAGCGCUCUCACCUCGUGUGCCACGAACGCAAACACAGAGGUGUGAAGCCCUAUGUAUGUGACUGGGAAGGCUGCACGUGGUCUUUCUUCCGCUCCGACGAGCUUGGGCGCCAUAGGCGGAUCCACACCAGAGACCGGCCACAUAGAUGCGGGGAGUGUGGCCGACAUUUCAUGAGAUCUGACCACCUCAAGCAGCACCAAAAAACUCAUCGGCGUGGGCGGGACCUCCUGUGGCCUCCAGCCAACAAUGGACAGACAGACGGACAAACAGAUGGUGGUCCUCCUGAGCAGGGCCAGGGGCUUUAG